AUGAAAACGAAUUUAUAUAUUGGAUCCUUUUUGGGGCUGUCUAAUGCAGUCAUAGAAGCGAAAUUAUCAGACGCUCAUAAACUCGUAAUGUUGAUUUUAUGGUGCGACGAAGUCCUGAGACGAAAGUUCAAUAAACUCAUUGUCAUCUCACACCAAACAAAGAAAAAAUUCAAAACUUUUCCCCAUAAAAUUGUCUCGUCGUUGAAUUCGUCGUUACACUCGUUGUACGAGCCCAAAGGAGAAAAAGUUAUUCUCAAAGAUAUUUUCCAAUGUGACAACACCACCGAAAAAAGCAUAAGAGAAAAAAAGACGUCUUGUAAAUCCCUUGGAGAAAAUGAGAAAAGUUAUCCUACCCCAGCACAAGAAAUAGAACGAAAGGAAAUUUUCCGACUAGACAGGCAACAAACUCUGCCUUCCAUUCAAAGGAUAAGUUGUAAAAACAGCCUCUUAAUUCUUCUUACUCCUCCUCAAUAUUUCUUACAAAUGUCUGCAUAA